GAUAGAAUGAGAUAGAAUAUCGAUUAUCGAUUGAGCGCUAGUCUGUCAUAGGAUAGAAAAAAAGAUUAUAUGUUUUACAUAUUAUCUGAAAAAAAGAGUAAAUAUAUUACAAAACGGAAAUCCUCCGUUUAAUCCUGUUGAUGUAAUCACGAAUAUCAACAUUCAUUUCAAUAUUAUUUGAUAAGAAUUUAGUAUUACUAAAAAAAGAAAGUCUCCCAGUGAAAAACAUAACCUUCGAGAUCUCACAUCCAUUAUUAUUAUCUAUCUAUUUUAAAGUUAAGAUAUACAAUGAAGAUCACGCAAAUAUUAUACAAGCAACACAUAGGCAGACAGAUUACUAAAUUAUGGCAUAUAAAACGAGAACGCAAGAUAUCCAAUGACAAAAUAGAUGAUUAUUUGUCCAACCAAUAUGGGAUUCAGGUAAAAAAUGCCUUAGAUUUGACCACUUCAAAACCGAUCCGUUCAAGGUUGGAAAUAGAAACACUCAAACCAAAAAUAUCGUUUGACGAAACACAUCCUGAUUGGAAAGCUCAGGCUUGUUUAAUUUUUAAGGAUCAUAACGUUCUGCAAGAAGGUUUUCGUCAAGCACAGAUAUUAACAAACACUAUAUGUCUGCCAGACAGCUCUUCAAAUUAUAUACAAGAUUCAUUCUUAGAUCUACCAGAAUAUGUAGAUGACAUAGUAAAAAGGAUAAUUUAUACUUCAAAUAUAUUUGAUGCUCAUCAAGAAAAGCUACCAAAAAGGAAAGAUCCUACAAGACCUGCAUGGAUAUUUCCUAGAGAUUAUGGCUUAACCAACUGUAGAAAAAUGCGGAAUUUAUCCAGAAAGAUCUUACAACUUUGUGAAUCUUUAUCUGGUCCAGAUAUUGCAAGGAAACGAUGCAUAUUGUAUGACGGAAUUACAAAAUUAAAUUUAGAAAAAGAAUCAGAUCUUAUUCAAUUCACCUUAAGAUCAGAUGUGAUGAUCAUGUCAGUAAGCCCCCUAAAACCAUUAGAAAGUUCUAAUUGCAGUAUAGAAAUAGAUCUUCCAAACAUCCAUCCGAUGCAUCAUACUAUCAGUUUGGAUCAGACAAACUUCUACAAAACUGAAGACGUAUAUCCUGUCAGUGCAACAACACCUUGGAAAAAUGUCCACACUAUCUUUGUACAUUACGACCCAGAGGAAGUAAAAAAUUUGACGGAAUUGGCUGUGACAGAAAGCCAGAUUGUUGGUCGCACCCUGAUAAAAUCGUAUACUAUGGCAGCGUUUCGUGCACGACAAAAAUUCGGCUCAUCCGUAAAAAAAUUGCCAGAACCCGUUACCUUGCAGUGUAUUCAAUCAGACGGGAAGAAUUAUCACUUUUUCAUAUUUCAACUCAAUUCGCUAGACGCUAACGAUGCCAACGUGAAAAAUUUUUGGUGUGCUCUACCGCCGUUGACUCUCUACGAAAAAGCCGAAUACGAUAGUGCCAGGCCUGUAGUAACGGGUUAUAAUCCAGAGGUGUUCAAAAGGAUAUUGACCUUUUACAGGAAUGGCAAUUAAAUAAAAUCUGUUAAAUUAAAUAAAACUGUUAACAGAUU